CCGCAGCUCGCCUCGUCCAUUCCGUGAUACGCGGCUUUAGCAACAGCGCGAAAUGUGUAACGUGUGUUCCCGUGACGUCAAAGACGCGCCCGCGGCGGCCCCCCCUAAACCGAACAGGAAACUCGAACGUAUGAAGGCGAAACACAACAUUGUGACUGACCCCAUGAACGUGGAGAAGCAGAAGGAAGUGGAGUACCAGCCUGAUCUGCUGGCAGUUUCUACUCAGUACACGAAACUGCUGUACGAUGUGUUCAAACAAGGGAUGGUGAGGCUGCAGGAGACGAAGACUUUCGUAGUAUUAACCCGCACAUCACAACCUUUCCACGUGGCGCUGGCCCUCAUCGUGCUGCUAACCUGGCUGAGCAGGCCAGGGUCAGAGACGCAGGUCAGAGGAUGGAAGGCGUUAUACGUCGGCGCCAUUGCCACACAUCUUGGCGCGCAAAUAUGGAUGACGCUUGUUUCUGGCAUCGUGUUAUACUUCUCCCUUCCCCGCCACGUGUUCGGCAGCGUUCAGACGGUGCUGUUUCCGGUGUAUUACGCCUUCAAUUCCAUGAUGAGCCUGCUGGGUCUACUGGCUUAUAUCAGGGUCCAGUGCAUCACCAGGUUCCAGAGCACCUCCUGGAUACAGAUAGCACUGAUGUUCACUGUGUUCUGUAUAGAGGCAUACGUGCGCAUGCGCCUCGUUCGACCCAUGUUGCGCGCUAAGCACAUCAAAACACAGAUGGAGGAGGCUGCCGGUGGUGGACAGGAGGUUGGUACCCUAAUUCUGGGUGAGUUGGCGCACUGUCCGCGCUACGUUCGAGUGCUGAAGACCUUCAGAAGGUACCACUCCACCAUCGCAAUGGGCACCAUGAUCACCCUGGGCUGCUCGCUAUACUCAACCAUGAUAGUUGUGGAUUCUAUCUGUCUAUAAGCUGAAUUAAUCAAUGAUCAUGCUAUCCAAAUUUGGACUACGACGCAGACAAAGAAGAAAACCCACUGUUUAUAGCCACAUUUUUGAUUUGAUUUUUGACUUGAUGCUAACAGAUGCCUAACUAGUUAAUAGCUAUAAUUGGAUUGACACUUUAUCCUUUAUAUUUUCUUAAGUUCGACUACUGUUCUAUUUUCGAAUAGCUUUUACUAUCAAAUGUGUAAAAACUUUACUACAUCAGUCUUUACUUUUAAAAAUAGGAAAUUAGAAUCAGAUAAAAUGUAUCGAAGUAGCUUCAAAAAUCUGACACCAGUGUUGCAUACCAUUUGUCUUUAUUUAUUAUGCUGAUUUGGUAUAGUAUUGAUUGGAAUAAAUACAUAUAAGCUAUAAUCUAAUAAUUCAGUUAUGCAUUAUAUGAGAUGGAAAUAUAUCACUGAUAGAAUGUAUUGUUGAAUUUUUAUUAUAUUCGUAUACAAAGACAAAAUAUAAAUAUAUCUAUCAAUCAAAAGAAUACUUUAAACCUACGAGUUGCAACUCGCAAUUGCCUUUUUAAUUAACUAACAUGUAAUAAAAUAUAAAGAUAAAUAAAAGGUCACAAAAAAUAAUUUAUCUUAUCUAAGAAUAUUCACAAAUGAAUUUAAGUGGACAUAUUUUUUUUUAUUGUACGUAAAAUCGAAUGCAUGGUUCUUUCCAAGACUUGUGAUAACCAUUAAAAGAAAUAAAAAAUAAUUAAUAGAAUAAUUGGGAAUGAUACAAGACUGAUAGAAGUCCUCAAUUCUAAAUUUUAUUUGACAGCUUUUAAAUUGCGUACGGUGCAAGACGACGACACAUCGUUCCUAGUAUUAAAUAUAUUGUGGUAUUUCUUUUGUCUUAUGUCAUUCCUAUUUCUAUUAUGUUAUCAAUGCAUUCAUAGUAUACUUAAUAAGUAAUAAUUAGUAAUAUACUUACUAAGUAUUUGAACAUAGCCCAUAGAACUCUGCCUUUUUUCUAGACAAAGAUAUGUUAAGCCGAAAAUAACAGGUAAUUUAUUUAAAUCUACUCAAAACUGAUUACUUUAUAAGUACACUAUAACUUGCCAAUUCUGCUUAUUAAUUGUUAUUUUAUAGCAUUCGAAAUAUAAUUUCCUUUAUGUUCUUACUAUAUGUAGUUAAGGGUUGUUUUCAUCAAAACGACUAUUGCUAUUUAAUUGCUUCCAAUUCAGGCUGUGAUCAGAAAAGUUAGCAGUUUUGGAGAGGAUUUAUAAUUUAUAGUAUUAUCAUGUGAGUCGUCUCGGGUGAUAAAUUAUUUAAAAUUUUCAAUGACCGCGCUGGACGCGAGUUUUAAAUUAGGAUUCCAAAUUGUUAACUAAUUUAUGAUUCAUGUUAUAAUAUUUACACAUGUAAAUAGAAUGUUGAAUGACGUUAAUUACCUACAUUGUUAUAAAAGACAUCGAAUAUUGUGUUUGAACUAUUUACUUUGGAAACUAAUAAAUAAUUAUAGUAAUUGA